CGCAAAAAUAGGGUGCUUCCUGAAACCGCUGCCAAUUCGGCAUUCGGCGCCCUUCAGGGAUGUGCGGGUUGUGCUAUGCCCACGAGGUGUACCAUUUCGUUGCGCGGUUCGUGGUCUGCUUUUGCAUUGGGUACUUCUUCAUCACCCUCUUCGAGCCAUCCUUCCUCUCCCUGACACAGUACGGGACUCGCGACUACUUCUACCCAGAGAUCACCGAAACGUAGGCCAAGCAAAGGCGCCCCGCUCGACAAGCCGGCGGGCAGGGCUUCCUGUGUGUCUGUCGUUCUUCGGUGGUGCAGGUACGGCCUGCAGUUUUACCGUCUGUCAGUGGAGCUGGUGCCGCUGACCAACGCGACGGCGACGUGUGGCGACACCUCUGUCGACUCACCUCUGUUCGGCCGUGGCGAGUUCAAGGGCUGCAAAGUAACUCACCAUCAGAGUGCCGAGGAUCCCGGCGACCGGCAUUGUGACUGCGUGGCGCCCUAUGGAUGGAUGCACCAGCAAAGCGUCGAGAGAGGCGACACGGAGGCAGCGGCCAUGUGGCGGGACUUGCGGGCAGCCGGCGUUGUCAUGUACGUCUUCGGCAGCCUCACGAUGGUUCUUGUCGUCCUCAGCACCUUCUGGCUACUUCCCGAUGUGGCUUCGAAGAUGAGGCGCGGCCGCUCGACCCACCCGCAGGAUUUGAUUGCUGCCGUUCUGUUCACGGCUGCAGCGGUGCUCUGCCUUGUUGGGGGUCUGCUCUGGAGGUCUUUGGGCGGCUCGGCGCGAUGUGCUGAUUUGGUGGAUGCUCGAGUCCUCUUUGCGGCGCCCACAUGCGAGAUGGGCCGCAGCGGCAUCGACGCCAUGUUUGUCACUCCGCCGCUUCUUGCGGUCACCUCUUUGUUCCAGUGGCUGUUUGUGCAGGACCGAGUGCGUCAUGAGAGGUGGAAAGCGGCCAGGAUAGCGCAGCUGCAGGCCAAUCAGAACCAGCCCGCGCCCCAGACGGUCGGCAACGCCGCGGGCAACCCACAGGACGACGUCGACGACGCCGAGACGGCCGCAGGAUCGAAUGUGUGAGAGCCAGCGGGGGGCACGUGGGAGUGGAAGGCCCUCAGAGGGGCCGGCCGAUUGAGGGCAGCCGGUGCCUGCUUCCUUUCCUGGACUUUGCUGGUUGUUGGUUGCCCUGCGGCACUCAAGAGAGGGGGGGCUGCCCAGAGUGGGGCAGGGGAGGCAUCACAUGUAUGUGGCGCGACAAGAUGCCUGCGGGCAGUUAGACCCAGUCUCACAGAAGCCAGAGAUGCAGUCAGUGAUUUUUCAUGUGGUAUGCAUGCCCUUUACGCCCGCACUCGUGCCUUUAUUGAUGCAUAGCAGCAGCCUUCCGUCCGUCCGUCCGUCCGUCCUUGUCCCUGGGUCGGCUGUGGGUGCGGUGCACUCAUAUUGGCCAUGUACAACUAUGACUCCGGACGUCUGCUGAGGACGGAGAGAGGUGAUGUGUCUGGCUUGUGUACAAAGACCUGCAUUCGUGUGCACGUGUGUGUGUGUGUGUGUGUGUGAGGGCCGUUGUUGUGCGUGAGCGGCCCUUAUCUUUAUCAAUCAGUAUUCCCGGG